AUGCCGUGCCGUUUGCGCCGGGCGCUGUCGGCCAUUUCGGCGCUGGCGGCCGGCGCGGUGGCGCUGGCCACGCCCCCGGCCUGGUGGCUGCGCAGCCACGUCCGCCGAGAAGAGCAAUUUUCCAUCUCCGAGUUAGAACUGAUGGCUCAGUUGGGCGUGCUCCUCAUGCCAGACCAUCCCAUCGAGGAGCUGUUUCGCCGCUUUGAGGGCUCCGGCCGUUUCCGGAGAGCCGGGCUCUUGCCGGACCUCGUGGCCUUCGGAGUGCUCAAGGAGCCCGAAGCCGCGCUUUUCGUGGAGUACGAUGGCCAUUGGUCCCAUACGAGAAGCCGGGGGUACCGGAAGGAUAAAGAGAAGAACGCCGCGUUGCUCGCCUUGAGUCCACCGGGCUCUUGGGUGAUCCGCAUCGGCCACUUCAACCGCCGCCCGAUGGGCGGCAGGAACAGCAUGUAUGUAAAGGUGAACGAAUGGCAGGGCGAUGAGGACCAGUGCUUGACCAUGACGCUCGGAGAGGUGGUCCGAAGGAUGCUCUCCGACUUGCGUGCGGAGCUCGACCCGGCGCUGCAUCUCCGACUCUUGCGACACCAGGCCUCCAACGCGCUGUCUGCCAAGGCCAAGGAGUUCGCAGCGGCAGCGGCCAGAGACAGCCGUAUCCGUGCGGGACUUCCCCGGGAAGCAGAGACGGCAGAAGGUGAUCAAAAGCCUCCUCGGUGCUACAGCAACAUCUGA